AUGGCGGGAUCGAACAUGGUGAAUCAGGAGCCAUUCACAAGAGCCAGAUCGACAGAAGUGAUCUCCUCUCUACCGAAUCCUCCCUUUGAUUCAUCAACUGCAUCGCCCGUUCGAAAUGCUAACGUCGUUUGGGACGAAAUUAGCAGAAGCUUCCAUCGCAUGAUGGAAGAAUUAAACGCGGCUCGUGAACCGCGCAGACCGGAGUCUGAUGUGGUACAACGGCUCGAGUCAGUGUUAGAGACGUUUGUUCAACGAAUGAACAGAGAUGAUAAUCCGCAAGGAGCCAGGCGGGAAAAUGGAACCACCUCGUCGUCCAUCGCGGUACAAGACGGUACUCUUAACGUUAGUCAGAGUCAGGUGCUAGCGAGACGUUCCGUCAGUUCCAAACUGCCUACGUUUACCGGCAAACCCGAGGAGUGGUCGGUGUUCGAAUCAUCGUUCUACGAAACGACGGAACUGUGUGGAUUCUCCGAUGGAGAAAAUAUAGUAAGGCUGCAACAAGCAUUAAAAGGAGAUGCUCUUAAAGCGGUACAAGGACGACUUCGAAAUGCAGCAAAUCUGAAAGAAGUAAUGGAAGAGCUGAAAACAUCGUUUGGUCGUCCGGAAAUAAUCGUGCAAACCCUGCUAAGCCAAAUUCGUCGUCAAGUGCCACCGAAAACUGAAAAGUUGGAAUCGCUCAUCCAGUUCGCCAUAUCCGUCGACGAAAUGUGUGCUACAGUGAGAACCAAUGGCGUCGAAGAUCGAUAUGACGGUCCCCUGUUGGAUGAGCUCGUUGGAUGUCUUCCCCCCAUGGUCAAGCUGAUGUGGGGUCUACACCGUAUUACGCUAACUAAGGUCAACCUGGCGGCCUUUGGAAAGUGGAUGCAAACCAUCAAACAAGCAGCGCAGUCGGUGACUAAUCCUGCAGCGCAUUCCGACAGGAAUAAACACCACGGAAGCAAAGUGUGCAUGUGA